AGAGCGCGGGGAGAGCGCGCCGCCGCCGGCCGGCAGGGACCGCCCGCCAUGAGUGGAAUUCCUAAGGACGCUUUGAAGGCCAUUCUGUCGGAGUUAGAAUGUCACUUUACGUGGAAUUUACUUAAGGAAGACAUUGAUCUGUUUGAUGUGGAAGAUACAAUUGGGCAACAGCUUGAAUUUCUUACCACAAAAUCCAGACUUGCUCUUUAUAACCUACUGGCCUAUGUGAAGCACCUAAAAGGCCAAAAUAAAGAUGCUGUAGGGUGCUUGGAACAAGCAGAAGAAAUAAUCCGGCGAGAACACUCAGACGAAGAGGAAAUACGAAGUUUGGUCACUUGGGGAAACUAUGCCUGGGUGUAUUACCACAUGGACCAGCUUGGAGAAGCUCAGAAGUAUAUAGACAAGGUAGGGAACGUCUGCAGGAAAUUGUCCAGUCCUUUUGACUACAGGUUGGAGCGUCCUGAGAUUGACUGUGAGAAAGGGUGGGCACUUUUGAAAUUUGGAGGAAAGUAUUACCAAAAGGCUAAAACAGCCUUUGAGAAGGCUUUGGAAGUGGAACCUGACAAUCCAGAAUUUAACAUUGGUUAUGCUAUCACGGUGUAUCGGCUGGAUGAUUCUGACAGAGAAGGGUCUAUAAAGAGCUUUUCCCUGGGGCCUCUGAGGAAGGCUGUCACCCUGAACCCAGAUAACUCCUACAUUAAGGUUUUUCUGGCACUGAAACUUCAAGAUGUACACGCAGAAGCUGAAGGGGAAAAGUAUAUUGAAGAAAUCCUGGACCAAAUAUCAUCCCAGCCUUAUGUCCUUCGUUAUGCAGCCAAAUUCUAUAGGAGAAAAAAUUCCUGGGACAAAGCUCUUGAACUUUUAAAAAAGGCCUUGGAAGCAACACCAACCUCUUCUUUCCUGCAUCACCAGAUGGGACUUUGCUACAGGGCACAAAUGAUCCAAAUCAAGAAGGCCACACGCAACAGACCCAAAGGAAAGGAUAAACUGAAGGUCGAUGAGCUGAUCACAUCUGCUAUAUUUCAUUUCAAGGCAGCUGUGGAGCGAGACUCUAUGUUUGCAUUUGCCUACACAGACCUGGCCAACAUGUAUGCUGAGGGAGGCCAGUAUAGCAAUGCUGAGGACAUUUUCCAGAAAGCCCUUCGUCUGGGGAACAUAACCGACGAUCACAAACAUCAGAUCCACUAUCACUAUGGCCGCUUUCAGGAAUUUCACUGUAAAUCAGAAAAUACUGCCAUCCAUCAUUAUUUAGAAGCUUUAAAAGUCAAAGACAGGUCUUCCCUCCGUACCAAACUGACAAGUGCUCUGAAGAAAUUGGCUACCAAGAGACUUUGUUACAAUGCUUUAGACGUGCAGAGUUUAAGUGCCCUGGGGUUUGUUUACAAGCUCGAGGGAGAAAAGAGGCAAGCUGCUGAGUACUAUGAGAGGGCCCAAAAGAUAGAUCCAGAAAACGCAGAAUUCCUUACUGCUCUGUGUGAGCUUCGACUUUCCAUUUAAAGGCAUCCUCUAGGAAAUUAGGUCUAAGCUUUUCCCUCCAUUUCGGGUUCUUCUAUUUUUGUUUAUUGUUUUAAUCCAUUGUUCAUUACAGACCCAGUGUGUAUUGAUGGUUAUGGUGUAGCAGGCAUUGUGUUUAAAUACUUUAUAUACACUGUCAUGAAUCCUUUGCUGUUUUCUUUCUCCUUUAUUUUUCAUUAAAAUACUGUAAUCCAUUGA